CUCGUGGGAGUAUAAGAGUCAAGCCGAAGGGGUCGUAAAUAUUAGAAAAAUAAAAAAUGUCAGUAGUUGAGAGUAAAGACGAAAUUGAAGGACCUCCAGAUGGUAAAUCGUAUGCGGGCAUUCCCGAAGCAGAGUUUGUGGAUGAUGUUGAUGCUUUUAUGGCAAAACCAGAAAACAAUGGAGUUACUGAUCAGGUUCUAAAACGACUAGAUGAAAGCCAUAGCAAAUACAAGUACAUGGAAUUCAAUCUUCUCAAUAAACGUAGACGACUAAAGGAUCAAAUACCUGAUCUGGAAAAAUCAGUAGAGAUGAUAAAAAAACUUCAAGUAGUGAAAAGUAAUAGUGAAGAUAUGGAAACUCAGUUUAUACUCUCAGACCAAGUUUAUGUGAAAGCUGUCAUUGCACCAACAGACAAGGUAUGUCUAUGGUUAGGAGCAAAUGUCAUGUUGGAGUACACACUAGAUGAUGCACAUGAUCUAUUGACCAAGAAUAUUGAAGCAGCUAAAAAGAAUCUAGAAUACAUUGAGCAUGACUUGGAUUUUCUUAGAGAUCAGUUCACCACUACAGAAGUAAACAUGGCUAGAGUAUACAACUGGGAUGUAAAGAGGAGACAAGCUGCAAAAGCUACAUGAGACAUGCAAUAACUUUAACUGUAAUUUAAGUGAAACCAAUUGAAUUGGCUUGAAAUCAAAUAAUUUUGUAAUAUAUAGCUGCUAAUUAUAAAAAAGAUUUGCAGAUUGAUGACUAAAUGGAUGGUACUUUGACAGUUUAAGUUAUAAUAAUGAUAGUUUUUAUGAAAAGGUUGUUCUACAUAUUUAAAACUUUUUUUACAUUUAAAUGUAAAUAUAUAAUUUAGACCAUUAUAUUCAAUUAUAGAAUUCAUUCUUCAAAGCAAACUCAUUACAUUACAAAGCAUUUCUAGGUACUUGAUAAACAUCUAGUGCAACUGAAUAAAAUAUUUUACCUUAAAUUAGUUUUUAUUUUUUGUUACCAUGUGUAUUUUUUUUAUUUUAG